AUGUAUCAUCAUUCUGAAAAAUAUAGCGAUAAUUCAUCGAUAUCAUCGUCUAAUGAUGGAAUAUUUUUGGGAACAGCAAGAGAAAAACGAGCAAAAUUAUUGAAAAAACUACAUUUCCCUCAACACCGAAAUGAAGAACCUGAAGAUCGACAAUUUCCAAGCUCGUCUUCUCAACUAAGCAAUGAGUUGUUUACAUCUGAAUUUGGUUCUUUUUAUCAUCAUCAUCCAAUUUCUCGUACGCUUAGUGUUGAUAGUAUAUCAUCAUCAACAAAUCCAACAGCUGCAGCUGUUCUAAUAAAUGAACAUCAAAUACCACGUACAUCAAGUCAAACAAGUCUUAAUUUGAAUCGUGCAAGUCCUUGUCCAUCGAAUAUUUCAUUUUCCUAUUCAAAUCCAAAGUAUUUUGUUCGAACAGAUAUAUUUCGUCCUCCCUCACCAUUAACAACUAAAGCAACAAUACAUUAUGAAAAUGUUAUUCAAUCUUCAUUAUUGACAGAUAAACACAAAUUAAGUUUUAAUCAAGAUGAAUCAACACUUCGAUCACUAACACCAGGACCAGAUUUUUCUACUGUUCAGAGUGAUUCAAUAACUCUUGAUGAAUUAAUCGAUCGAUCAACUCCAACAUCAACUAGUACACCUGAAAUAACAUUUCUCUAUCCCGCACUUCUUUGUUGUCGAACACAUAUUAAUCCAAUGCUAUUAUUUAACAAGAUAGCAAAAUCUACCUUUAGUAAUUUGACACGCUGUACUGAAGAACAACGAACAGAUUUACUUCUUAAUUAUCUUUCAAUGUUAAAUCAUUGGACAAAAACAUUUUCAUAUGAUUUUCAUACACCGGCAUUAAUGAAUCAACUUGAACGUGUAACAAAUCAAAUUGUUAAAAUUGAUCCAAUGUUUGGACCAAAUGCUAAAUUACUCUUAUCGGAUAUUAUGGCAAAACUCAAUAUUCUCGAACGAUAUGAACAAUAUUUACAAUUAAUUGACAAUGAAAUAGCUAAUCGUUUAACAACUUCUGCUUUAACAACUGACAUUUAUGAGCAAUGUCCAUGUCCAAAAGAAUUUGCACAUCAAUUGACACAUAUUGAAUUAGAUAGACUUAAAGCAAUUGGAGCAGAAGAAUUUAUUAAUAUGAGUUCAUCAGAUUCUCAUUCGACAAAACCUUCAUCAUCAUCAAAUUCUUGGACCCAUUGUCUUGAAGCAUAUAUUAGUUGGAGUAAUCGUUUAUCAUCUUUUGUAACAACAGAAAUUAUUAAACAUUUAAAACGACAUAUUCGUGUUAAACUUCUCAAUUAUUUUAUUGAUGCAGCACUUGAAUGUUUUAAUACAGGAAAUUUUAAUUCAAUGAUGGGAAUUUUAGGUGGUCUUAAUAUGUUGCCUGUCAAACGUCUAAAGAAAACGUGGAGUAAAGCAAACCGUGCGAAAUUGGAUACAUUAGAAAAAUAUAUGAAUCCAAGUAAAAAUUUUUGUAUUUAUCGAUCGAUUAUGAAAGCUGCAACGCAAAGAGCAGAAAAACAUAAUUGGCAACCGGGCAUGGUUAUUAUUCCAUUUCUGAGCAUUUUUCUACGUGAUGUUUAUUUUAUUAAAAUUCGUUCACCGGAUUUAAUUGUAACAGAUGAUGGUCGAGAAGAACUUAAUCUUAAAAAAUUUUAUAUUCUAGCUCGCUUUAUUUCAGAAGACUUUAUUCGAUGUAAAUCAAGUAAAUGUUCAUUUGCUCGUUAUGAAAGCAUUAUUAAUUAUGUAGUAACAAGUCCUGUAUUUAGUGAAGAUUCUUUAAUGGCGGCUAGUUUUGAAUGUGAACCACCUGAAACGGAACAGGAUCGUCAUCAACUUCGAUCUGUAAGAGCUAAGUUAGGUUUUUAA